AUGUAUUCAGUGUCUGCGGCGACCAAGCUGAUCAGUCAGGUCCGAGACGACGAUGCAUAUUUCGGGCUCGAUGAUGUUAUCGUUAGUGGAAUUUUGGCAGAGCGAGCCGGAGUGCCAAGAGUAUGCCUGAGUACCGCAUAUUUUGGGUACUCAGGUCUGGAACUAAACCAAUGCUGGCGCCAUCCACCAUUGAUAAUCUUAGCUGCUGGCGGUUUUGAAAGCGUGAAAUAUGCGCUUGACGAGGUGAACAGUGGAAUGACAAAGUGUAAUGAAACCAAUCGAGUGCUAUGGUGA